AUGACACGUAAUGGAGCGGACGAGCGGCAGCGUGCAGAGGCUGACCUGUGCCGGACCCGGAGGCGGACGGCUCGCAUGCUCUGCUGUUUCCAUGGCGACGGGCCCAGUCUGCCUUCACUGACACAAGCAGGCUCCCACGCACUCGCAGCUCACCAUAACUGGAGGAAGCAGCUGGGUGUGAUGCAGAAGGACAUGUCUGCUGAGUACCACCCCCUGCACCUCUGCUGCCGCCCGCUCGUCAGCAGACGUCUCGUGUGUAUCGCAGACGUCUCUUGUGUAUCGCAGACGUCUCUUGUGUAUCGCAGACGUCUCUUGUGUAUCGCAGACGUCUCUUGUGUAUCGCAGACGUCUUGUGUGUAUCGCAGACGUCUUGUGUGUAUCGCAGACAUCUCUUGUGUAUCGCAGACGUCUCUUGUGUAUCGCAGACGUCUCAUGUGUAUCGCGGACGUCUCGUGUGUAUCGCAGACGUCUCGUGUGUAUCGCAGACGUCUCUUGUGUAUCGCAGACGUCUUGUGUGUAUCGCAGACGUCUCUUGUGUAUCGCAGACGUCUCUUGUGUAUCGCAGACAUGUCUCCUGUGUAUCGCAGACGUCUCUUGUGUAUCGCAGACGUCUCCUGUUUAUCGCAGACGUCUCUUGUGUAUCGCAGACGUCUCUUGUGUAUCGCAGACGUCUCGUGUGUAUCACAGACGUCUCUUGUGUAUCACAGACGUCUCCUGUGUAUCGCAGACGUCUCUUGUGUAUCGCAGACGUCUCUUGUGUAUCGCAGACGUCUCGUGUGUAUCACAGACGUCUCUUGUGUAUCACAGACGUCUCUUGUGUAUCGCAGACGUGUAUCGUGUAUUGCAGAAGUCUCGUGUUUGGCGGUUCACCAGAUCAUCACUAUCACUGUGUCUCUCAUCAUGGUCAUCGCCGCCUUGAUCACCACUCUGGUCCUAAAGAACUGUUGUGCGCAGUCCGCCAGCAGCCGUCACAAUAGCCAUCAGCGUAAGAUCCACCAGCAGGAGGAGAGCUGCCAGAACCUGACCGACUUCACCCCGGCCCGAGUCCCCGGCAAGGUGGACAUCUUCAGCGCCUACGACAGCCUGCAGUGCUCCCACGAGUGCCUGCGCGGCGGGGUCCCCAUCUACACCGACGAGAUGAUCCAACAGACGCCCGUGUACAAGAGCGCCUACAACGGGAACAGGCCCUCUCCGACUGAACGGCAGCUCAUCCCCGUGGCCUUCGUCUCAGAGAAGUGGUUUGAGAUCUCGUGCUGA